AUUUAUUUUGUCGUGAUUUAAAGAACAAUAUUAUUCUUUAGGUGAGACGUCCGGAUGACUCUGCGUUACAUUUCACAAUUGUUUAUUGACACCACGCCUUAAAAAAAAAAUCUAGAAGUUCUUGGAACAUUCUUGGUUCUUUUGUACCAUUAGAAGUAGACCUCUCUAGUACCUUAAACCCCAGCAAAACCCCACAAAAUCACGAAAAAAGUACCAACAAACUCUGCAAAAAAAGAAUUUGAAGAAAUCCGCCAUGGCAGCAACUUCAAGUUUCUCAAAACUCAUCUCAUUCUUCCCCCAAACUCUGAACACCAAAGCCCAAAUCCCUUUUUCCCAAAAAACCCACCUUUCAUAUCCUCUAAAUUGCCCUUCAAUCACUCUAAAAAACCCAGAAAACCCUAGAAAUCGAAAUGGGUUGUUUAUAACAUCAAUGGGUACUUAUAAUGUGCAGGUUGUGGUUGAUGAAAACGAGCAUGAAGAAAAGCUGUUGAGCAGGUUUAGGAGAGAAGUAUUUAGAGCUGGUGUUAUUCAAGAGUGUAAGAGAAGAAGAUGGUUUGAGAAUCCUCAUGAUAAGAAGAAACGCAAGUCUCGUGAAGCUGCUAAGAGGAAUAGCAAAAGGCGUUUUCGGCCAAAAGUUACAAAACAGAAUAAUACUGAUACUCCAAAGAAGGAAGAUGAUGAUUUUGAUAAUGAUAAUUGGGAGCUUCCUGAAGGGGACCUUCCCUAUUGACCAAGCUGGUGCAGUUGCUAGCAGGUGACAUGCUGACAAUGACAGAUACUGAGAUACAAAGCUAAAUUUUCAAUACAUAUUGACCUGAGUUUUGGAUUAUGAGUUUAUGACACUGUAAAGAGCAGUAUAGUAUGAAUAUUAGAAGUAUAUGUUAUCUCUAUUUGUUUGAAUUACUUGGUAUUAUCGGGUGUUGCUAAUAUCACGUUUCAAAUUCAAAGAGGCAAUUCGUAUGUAUCUUGAUCAUCAGAACAAGCUGAAAAUUGUAUGAAGAGGGUUUGUGGUACA